GAGCGCCACCUAGCGGUCUGUUGUAACAUACCAUAUCCGUCCACAGGAGGCGUCUACAAGCCGGAAGUGAAGACAGGCGCGAAAUUCCACAGCUGAUUCUUGCUGGUGCAUGUGGCUACAGCUCAAGUGCUCACGUACAUGGAAACCUGAAUAUCGCAGCUUUACUCUCGUACAUAAACCGCAGCGAGGACGUCAUUCGGAUCUUUCACACACCACUGUUACCAUGGCAACGGGAGGCCGAGUCCAAUUCCAGUGGGAAAAUUUCACCCCAAUGCCGACCAGUCGCUCCUUCUGUACCGCAGUAGAGGGAGGCGACUCAAAACUGUACGUGAUUGGUGGAUGCGAGGAAAAUGGAGUCCCCAUCGACGCGCUUGAAGCGUACGAUCCCGCUGCGAAAUCGUGGGAGAAGCUAGACGGCAUGCCGACCAAGAGGGCGGGGCCGGCGGCGGUGUCUGUUGGGCAGAAGAUCGUCGUUCUCGGCGGGGUGAGCGUGACACAAGCGCCGCUGGAUGCUGUCGAGGUGUUCGACAUCGUGGAGAGGAAAUGGACCCAGCUGAACCCACUCAUGGCUGCAGCCUUGGGAAUCGCUGCUGUCGCUCGAGAUGGUAAGGUGAUGGCAGUAGGAGGAAUGGGAGUGGACACGAACCCCCAGGACCAUCUGCGCAGUCUGGACAUCGAGAAUGACCGGUGGAAGGGCCUGGCUCCCAUGCCCACUGCCCGCUACGCUACCGGCAUCUUCCUAAGGAACGACAAACUUUACGUGCUGGGGGGCAGACAAGGAAAGGAGCCGUGUGCAGCGUUUGAAAUGUACGACAUCCUGUCCAACACGUGGACCAAGUUCCCGGACAUUCCCAGCAAGCGCGUGUUUCCGCAGUACGUGAUGUCGGCCAGCGUGAUCGUGAGUCUGGGAGGACUGUUCACUCAGGGCCAGGACAGGAGAUUCUCAGGAACAACGGAAACAUUCGACACAGAAAAAGGUGAGACAGGCAGGUGGGAGACACACAGACCCAUGAAGAACAAACGUGCCGACUUUGUGGCAGGAGUUCUCGGGGAGAAAGUUGUCAUCGCCGGAGGACUGUCUGUAGGUGGACCACAGACCUCUGUGGAAGGUUUUGACUUGGAGAGGAAGAAGUGGUUCAACCUGCCUAACCUCAACACACCUCUCUGCUCCUCUGCAUCUCUCCUGUAUCAGGGGCGCCUCCUGGCAGUUGGUGGCAUGUCUGCAGGCCCCACCAACAUUGUAGCAGCAUUAGGCAUCAA